AUGAGUGAAAUACUAAAUUUAUCAUAUGGACAGUACUCAAAUAAUAUAACAACUCAUCUAUAUAAUUAUCAGGAGUCACUAAUACCGUAUACGAAUGAACAAAAGCAACAACAAAAAAAUGACCUAAAUAUAUUCUUAUACAGAUCUUUACAACAAAAUAAAACAGUCAAUUAUUACCCAAGAUCCAUAAUAUUUGAAUUAAGAAGUGGGCUAGGCUCAUUAAAUAAAUAUGAAUACUCAGAAAGUAUGCCUAAUUAUGACAUGAAUAUAAUAAAUAAACCAAGCAUUACUAAAAAUGAAUACCAGAAAAGUCUUGAUACAGGUAAUUCAAAUUCCAAUUUAUUAAAUGUUACAAACACGAAAUAUUGGACUGAUUUCAAUAAAUUGAUUUAUGAUCCAAAAUCAUUAAUAACUACUCCAAACUAUAUACACAACUAUAAUCAGUUUGGUAGCCAUUACAAUAUUCCCAAUUUGAAAUAUGAAUUAUUCGAAAACGGAGUAGAAGAAUUUAAAAAUUGUGAAACUGAAGUUGAUGAAAAUUUCAGGUAUUGGUUAGAAAAAUGUGAUUUUUUACAAGGUCUUCAAGUGGGGACAAAUUUAAAUGAUUCUUGGGGUGGAUUCACUAACUCAAUGAUUGAAUUUGUUCAAGAUGAAUUUUUUAACAGUAAGGGGAAUUUUUGGAUUUAUGGAAAUUUCCUUGCUAAACCAAAAACAUCUUUGAGUAAAAUAUCCGAAAUUAAAACAUUUUUGGAGUGCUACAAGAAUUCAAAUUUAUUCUUUCCAAUAGCUCCAAAUUUGGACUCCCCAUUAAUCGAGUUAAAUAAAGAUUCAGUUUGGCAAACUUCUUGUAUUCCUUCCAUUUUUAUAAACUCAAUAUGGGGGUUAAAUAAUUCAAAAGAUGAUCCAAUUAAGAUGUAUGAAUUUUCUAGCUUAAUAACAAAAGGAGAUGAAUCAAAAAAAAUUAUAAAUGAGAUUAAAAUUGUGGAUGAUGGAGACUUUAACCAACCAAUUGAUAUAAAUUCAUUUGACAUAGACAAUUUUGAGAAUUUGGAACCAAGUAUUAAUUUAGGUAUAUCACUGUCACAAAUUGAAGUCAAGUAUUACUCCAAGAAUAUAAUUACUAAUCAAAUAGAUAUGGAGAUUGAUGAAACUAAUAUUUUUAAUAAUCCUACUAUAACAGAUAUACUAAAUGUUGAUACAUUCCCAAAAGUACUAAAAACAAGGCAAUUUCACGUUGAGUUUAAUAUUCAUUCUGGUAUUAAAACUUAUUUGAAAGACCAUAAAAAGUUUUUGCAAAGAGUUAGAUCAUUAAAUACAGAUACAAAGGAAGAAAUGAUUGAAGACAUAUCAAAUAUUAUCCUGAAUUAUUCAACUGGAUUUGAAUCAGAAGAUGAUGAAUUUUACGACUAG